AUGUCUGCCUCUGCUGCACAGAAGAAAGGAUCUUUACGGCAGCGAAAAUGUGGUUUCUGCAGGUCCAACAGGGAGAAAGAGUGUGGACAGUUGCUGGUUUCCAGCAACCAGAAGGUGGCAGCUCAUCACAGAUGCUUGCUGUUUUCAUCAGCACUUGUAUCUACUCAGUCUGUCAGUGAAAACCUUGGUGGGUUCUCCAUAGAUGAUAUCCAGAAGGAAUUAAGAAGGGGCAAAAAACUGAUGUGUACACUCUGCCAUUGUCCUGGAGCAACUAUUGGUUGUGAAGUAAAGACAUGCCGCAGGACUUACCAUUAUCACUGCGGUUUGCAUGAUAAAGCCCAGAUACAGGAAAACCCAUCACAAGGAAUAUACCUGAUUUAUUGCAGAAAACACAAGGAACAGCUGCAUAACUCAGAAGAUGAGUUAGAAGAAGGGUUUGGUCACAGAGAAUUGAGUCCAUCCUCUCGCCACCGUGUGGUAGAGGGAGAGGAUCCCGUGGAAAGUCCAGAACCACAAAUUCAAGAGGGCAGCCGGAGGAGAGCAAACUCCCAUCUUCACACUGUACAGAAGAGACAGAAAGCAGUUCCAGUAGAGAUAGAUCACCGCAUAGAAGCAGUCCAAGUGACACUAGACCGAAGUGUGGCUUCUGUCAUGCAGGAGAUGAAGAGAAUGAAACGCGGGGCAAACUGCAUGUGUUUAAUGCAAAAAAGGCCGCUGCUCACUACAAAUGUAUGCUUUUCUCUUCUGGUACAGUCCAGCUAACAACGACGUCAAGGGCUGAAGUUGGUGACUUUGAUAUCAAAACUGUAAUACAAGAAAUGAAGCGUGGAAAACGUAUGAAGUGUACAUUAUGUGGCCUGCUAGGCGCUACCAUUGGAUGUGAAAUAAAGGCCUGUGUGAAGACGUAUCAUUAUCAUUGUGGAGUAGAAGACAAGGCUAAAUACAUUGAAAACAUGUCACGAGGCAUUUACAAACUAUAUUGUAAGAAUCACAGUGGCAAUGAUGAAAGAGAUGAGGAAGAUGAAGAACGUGAAAGCAGAAGUAAAGGGAACACAACAGGUGCACAAGACAACACUCCACAGCAAGUCAAUGGAAACUGA